AUGCAAAUAGCUCUCCGCGCACAUUCAUCCGUACAACUAACGCAUACGCAAAACGUCGAGAACCACGAACGUAAUCAAUUAAUAAAAGAGAACAAGAAAGAACAGCAAAAUUCACAUCUGAUAAAUGGUAUAACCAAUGAAGAUUACGACACUGAUGUCAUCGAAAUGAAGGAGUGUUUGUGGACAUGGAUUAUUUUAGAAGCAGUACGCUCCAGUUACAGAUGCAUCACAUGUACAAGAUUUUAUUAUCCAUUCAUCGCUAUCAUGGAAUUUCUUGGGCUUAUCAAUAGGAGCAACUGGACGAUACCUCUGCUCACCGUAUUCACUGAUCCAACCAUCUAA